AUGGCCACCGAGACCUUCCUGGCCCGCCUCUGCGAGCAGGCCGAGCGCUACGAUGAGAUGGUCACCUACAUGAAGGAGGUGGCUAAGCUGGGCGGAGAGCUCACCGUUGACGAGCGUAACCUCCUCAGCGUCGCCUACAAGAAUGUUGUCGGCACCCGACGUGCCUCGUGGCGCAUCAUCUCCUCGAUCGAGCAGAAGGAGGAAUCUAAGGGCUCCGACAAGCACGUCUCCACCAUCAAGGACUACCGCAACAAGAUCGAGACCGAGCUCGAGAAGGUCUGCCAGGAUGUUCUCGAUGUUCUCGACGACUUCCUCAUCCCCAACGCCGCCACCGGCGAGUCCAAGGUCUUCUACCACAAGAUGAAGGGUGACUACCACCGUUACCUCGCUGAGUUUGCCUCUGGUGAGAAGCGCAAGGGUGCUGCUACCGCUGCCCACGAUGCUUAUAAGAGCGCUACCGAUGUUGCCCAAACUGAGCUCACUCCCACUCACCCCAUCCGUCUGGGUCUCGCUCUCAACUUCUCCGUCUUCUACUACGAGAUCUUGAACUCCCCCGACCGUGCUUGCCACCUCGCGAAGCAGGCCUUCGACGAUGCUAUUGCCGAGCUCGACUCCCUCUCUGAGGAGUCUUACCGCGACAGCACCUUGAUCAUGCAGCUUCUCCGAGACAACCUCACCCUCUGGACUUCUAGCGACAGCGCUGAGGGCGAGGCCGCUGGUGCUGCCGAUGCUCCCAAGAAGGAGGAGGGCGAGGCUGCCAAGCCUGCUGAGCCUGCCGCCGCCCCUGCUGAGGAGCCUGCGCCUGCUGCUGCCUCCUAA